AUGAGAUCGACCCUAAGGAAGAAGGUCACCUUGUGGACGAUCCUCGUCCUCUCCACCAGCGUCAUCCUCUUUGCCCACGCGGACCGCAAUACAGGACGCUACCAACAACAAAGCAUCCUCAAGCGCGGUCCCUCGAACGCGCAACAAGAUACAGGAGCCAAGGCCAAGGCGAUCAAGCUCAAGCGCGAGGAACAUCUUGUCGGGGAUUUACCCUGGGCCGAGGGGCAGGAGCCCAUCACCAGCUAUGCUGGUCAUAUCCCUAUCCGUAACUGGCAUCAGUCCGGCUACCGCGGCGAAACUGGCAUGUUCUAUUGGUAUUUCCCAGCGGUUAAACCUCAAGUCCCCAACCCACCACUUGUCUUCUGGUUCCAAGGAGGUCCAGGAAGCAGUUCGAUGAUCGGCCAGUUCUUUGGUAACGGACCCAUCUACCUGACCGCAAACAACACUCUGGCCCGCCGCGAGACACAUUGGGCGGACGAGUACUCGAUCGUCUUUAUUGACCAGCCUGUCGGAACUGGAUACUCUUAUGUGACACGAGUCGAGGACAACACUAGCGAUGAACAGGUCGAGCCUGUCGAGGGUGACCAUCCAGCACCUGCAUCCUCCGAAGUCCCACAAGGCAACGAUGAUACGGAGGAACAGAUCGAGGACCAGGUCCUGCUGGAUCUUCACGACGAGCUAUUGAAGGAUCAGUCCGAGGAGCAGGAGGUCUUUGCUCAAUUGGACGACCAUGACAUCACCACCAAGCUGGAGCACAUCCGUCUGAAGAAGAGCGAGAAGAAGACGGCAUUGUACUUGAAGGGCUACGUCAAAGACGAGCGUGGAGUCGCCGCGGAUUUGUUGACCUUCAUGGAUCAGCUUUAUACCCGCUACCCAGAGCUGAAGAAGGCCGACCUCUUCUUGACAGGCGAGAGCUAUGCGGGCAAGUACGUCCCUGCACUCGCCUAUGCCAUCCUUGAGAGCAACAAAGGGAACCGACACCGCUACCGCCUCAACGACGACGACGACGGUGACGAGUAUGAGCAGAUCAUCUUUCCCCUCAAGGGUAUUGCGCUGGGCAACAGUCUGACGGAACCCAUCAAGCAGAUCCGCGUCCACUCUGAUCACGCCUUCUUCUUGGGACUUGUGAGCAGAGCCCAGGCGGCGCAUAUGAAGGAGCUUCAGGAUUUGGCAGUCGAGGAGGCGCACUUGGGGCGAUUCCUGGCAGCCAACCAAGCCCGCGUCGACGUGUUUGAUUACUUCAAGAACGUGACCGGAGGCAUUAACUGGUACGAUAUCCGCAAGGGUGACGUCCCCAACGACUGGUCCAAGAUGGAGAAGUUCCUGAAUCGUGCCGAGAUCAAGGACGCGCUCAACAUCUAUGGACCUCGCCUGGCCUACUUGGAGCAGAACGGUGUCUCGAAGAAGGAGAUCAAGCGGAUCACGGACGGCCGUGCCAGGACAAUGUUCUCCAAGGACCCCCUUGUCAUCAAGACGAUGGCGGGCGAUAUCAUGAAGCCUGCAGCCUGGAUGGUCUCGGAUCUGUUGCGCCAGGGGAUUCGUGUGGUUGCCUACCAGGGGAUCUUUGAUUUCCGAGAUGCCGUUGCUGGGUCGGCGGACUGGUUGGAGGGUCUUGAUUGGGAGGGAGCGCAAAAUUUCACGAAUGCAGACAGGCAGAUCUGGGUUGAGGAUGGAAGCUUGGCGGGGUAUGUGACUCAGGUCCCUGGGUUAUCAGAGGUUGUUGUUCUGGGAGCUGGGCAUGUCGCACCGAUGGAUCAGCCCAAGAGCGUCAAGGCCGUCAUCAAGAGUUUGGUUGAGGGAACUAAUCUUAAUGUUUCGACAUCUGCACAGCGUGUUCAGCAUACUAUUUAG